UAUGCAGCAUCACUUUAGCGUAAGCCGCGAUGAAGCCAGCACCAGACAGCAAACGCUGGACCCAUUUUCAUUCAGCGCUGCAGCUUGCGAUAUCACGCGCAGCACACAAAUGGACAUACGAAGAUUUCCAGGAAUGCUUCGCGCUCUGGUGUAAGGAAGAGCCACACGGUGCAGAGGGUAUCUUUAACACCGUCUCAAGGCAUAUGGAGGACCAAAUACACCAAAGCUGUGAGAAUCUGUUCAAGGAAUUUAAUGUUCGAGAUAGUAUCAACAUUCUCCAUGCCGUUGUCUCUGAAGCGAGAGCUCGGAAACAACGUGGGGAGUUGAACGGGAAGGAUGUAUGGAGAGAAAACCUCACACCGCGUGCUGCUGUUCGUGCACGUACGGUCCGGGUGAUAGAAUCUGAAGUAGAACAUUUACGAGCGGAGCUACAGGCUGAGAACGCUGCUCUGUAUGCCCGAUGUGAGGAUAAUGACCAAAAGCAACGUACUGCAGAUGCUAAGACAGCAGAGCUAUUGGAUAUCCUUGAUGAUGUUUAUGCAAAGUGGAGUCAGCUCCCGCAGGAUGAAAUAGGUGUAUGGGCUCUUGAAUCAGCGGAGAACGUCGGCUUCACGCAACCACCGUAGAUUGAUGCAGGGGCGAUGACGGUCGAUCCGGCUAAGGUUUGUUUUUUUGGCUUAAGGUAACUAGUAUACUCACUUUCGAAAGCCUUCCUCUUCAAAAUUAAAUUCAGAAGCGUACUAGCAAUUGUCAAGUGUAUCAAGUAUUGUAUGCUAAUUAAUUUCCGCUCCCCAUUGUGUAUGUAUGUGCAACCACUCCAGCAGCGCACAUUUAACACCAGCGAGAUGAUACCCAAGUCAUACAACUUGAUUGCAGA